UCUGCGAGAAAGGAGAGAGGAACGUGCUGGCUUUUGGCUUCGCACUGCUGAACGGGCCCCAAGGCGGGCCUCCCAUGGCCUUCACAACCAGUGUGCGCAGCUACUCGCCCAACUCGGUGACUAAUAGUCUGCGCUACAGUGGUUCAUGGAUGCUUCUGCUGAGCCGAGUGGGCGACGACCUACUGGUUUACCUGCUGGAGCGCUGUGCGCUCUACCUGCUGGUGCCCCCGAGCUGUGCCUAUCAAGUGUGCGGCCCACCUCUGUACCAAAUCAGUGCCACUGCGAAUACCAGGCUCGCUGUGCCCCUCAGCUACAGGCCCACACGACCAGUGGGUAGGAAUUUUACUAAUCUUGGAUCCACACACCGGGUCAGGAACAGCAGUCACCAGGAAGCACGGAAACCCCUGGCCUUGCCAUCUCGAGGUGUGAAACGUCAUCUCAGCAUCACGGAUAAAAGUGUACCUUCAUCUAAGAAGGCCAGGAGUGAUCUGGCCCUGAGACUGGAGAAGGGACCCGACAGGCAGGCAGUUCCAACCCCAUCAGACCCAAGUCCUGCUGAGACCCCCACGGUGUCUACUAGUAGAGCUACCAAGGAAGACUUGUCUUCCAGAGGAAAGGCGCCUGGCCUGAGUCUCUCUGGGUCAGUGUGCUCUAAGCACAAGCCCAGUUCCACAUCCCUGCAGUCACCACUGUGCCAAGAAGCCUUUCAGCUCAGACCAUUUACUGAGACCAAACGCUUCCUCUACUCCAGGGGAGGUGAGCAAAAGAGGCUGAACCCCUCAUUUCUACUCAACAACCUCCAGCCUAGCUUGACUGGGGCCAGGAGACUGGUGGAGAUCAUCUUUCUAGGUGUGAGGCCUAGGACACGUCGCCUCUCGAGGCGCUAUUGGCAGAUGCGGCCCCUAUUCCAGCAGCUGCUUGUGAACCAUGCAAGGUGCUCAUAUGUCAAACUCCUCAAGUCACAUUGCAGGUUUCGGGCAGCAACCGACCAGUUGGCAGAUGCCUUGGACCCCAGCCCCUCGCACCUCAUUGAUUUGCUCCGCCUACACAACAGUCCCUGGCAGGUACAUGGUUUUCUGCGGGCCUGUGUCCGAAAGCUGGUGCCUUCAGGUGUCUGGGGUUCCAGGCACAACGAACGCCGCUUCUUUAAGAAUGUGAAGCAGUUCAUCUCCUUGGGGAAGUAUGGCAAGCUCUCACUGCAGGAGCUGAUGUGGAAGAUGAAAGUAGAGGACUGCCUCUGGCUUCGCAGCAGUUCAGGGAAGCACUGUGUCCCAGCUGAAGAGCACCGUAUGAGGGAAAGGAUCCUGGCUAAGUUCCUGUUCUGGCUGAUGGACGCAUAUGUGGUAGAGCUGCUUAGAUCAUUCUUUUACAUCACAGAGACCACAUUCCAGAAGAACCAGCUCUUCUUCUACCGUAAGAGUGUGUGGAGCAAGCUGCAGAGUAUUGGAGUCAGGCAACACCUGGAGAGAGUACAGCUGCAGGAGCUGUCGCAAGAGGAGGUCAGGCAGUACCGGGAGGCCUGGCCAGCCAUGCCCAUCUGCAGACUGCGUUUCAUCCCUAAGCCCAAUGGUCUCCGGCCCAUUGUGAACAUGAGUUAUCGUAUGAGCACCAGAGCCUUUGGCAAGGAGAAGCAGGCCCAGCAUUUCAACAAAUGUCUCAAGACUCUGUUCAGCGUGCUCAACUAUGAACGGAAAAAACAUCCUAACCUUCUGGGGGCCUCUGCACUGGGCUUGAAAGACAUCUACAGGAUCUGGCGGACAUUCGUGCUGCGUGUACGCACUCUGGACCCGGCACCCAGGAUGUACUUUGUUAAGGCAGAUGUGACUAGGGCAUAUGAUGCCAUCCCCCAGGACAAGCUUGUGGAGAUUGUUGCCAAUAUGAUCAGACACUCAGAGAACACAUACUGUAUCCGCCAGUAUGCAGUGGUCCGAAAAGGUCGCCAAGGUCAAGUCUACAAGUCCUUUAGGAAGCAGGUCUCCACCCUCUCUGACCUCCAGCCAUACAUGGGCCAGUUCGUGAAACAUCUGCAGGACUCAGAUGGCAGUGCGCUGAGGAACUCCGUUGUCAUUGAGCAGAGCUUCUCUCUGAAUGAGUCCAGCAGCAGGCUAUUUGACUUCUUCCUGCACUUUAUGCGUAACAGUGUCGUGAAGAUUGGUGGCAAAUGCUAUGUCCAGUGCCAGGGCAUCCCCCAGGGCUCCAGCCUGUCCACCCUGCUCUGCAGUCUGUGUUUUGGAGACAUGGAGAACAAGCUAUUUGCUGAGGUGCAGAAGGAUGGGCUGCUUUUACGUCUUGUCGAUGACUUUCUGUUGGUGACACCUCACCUGGACCAGGCAAAAUCCUUCCUCAGCACCCUGGUCCGUGGCAUUCCUGAGUACGGCUGCAUGAUAAACUUGCAGAAGACAAUGGUGAACUUCCCUGUGGACAGUGGUGCCCUGGAUGGUGCAGCUCCACACCAGCUGCCUGCUCACUGCCUGUUUCCCUGGUGUGGCUUGCUGCUGGACACUCAGACUCUGGAGGUGUUCUGUGACUACUCUGGUUACUCCCGGACCUCGAUUAAGAGCAGCUUCACCUUCCAGCGUGUCUCCAAGGCUGGUAGGAAAAUGCGACACAAGCUCAUAGCUCUUUUGCGGUUGAAGUGUCACGGUCUGUUUCUAGACUUGCAGAUGAACAGCCUCCAGACGGUCUGCAUCAAUGUGUACAAGAUCUUCCUGCUUCAGGCCUAUAGGUGAGUCAUGGGCUGUGCCACCACUAGAGGGAGGCACAGGCCAGAAACGCCAGCCAUGCUGUCUGCUGGGGCUUUCACGCUUAAGGUAAAGCUGGCUAGUUGCUCCCAAAAAGCAGCAUUCAGUUGUGUCUCCACAUAGCUCUGUAUCUGUCAGAUGAGAACCUCUUCUGGUCUCCCUGUGCUGGAAGUACAGAUGACCUAAUGUGCUGACCAGAGCUUGUGGCUGGCUAUCUUGAGACAGGAGGGGCUGGGGUGGAGACUCCCAAGAAAGCACCUCAGAAGGCAUAGGAUGAGAAAGGAAGCAUAGAAUCAGAUCUAUUGCUGAUGGUGUCUUGCACUGCAGAAGUCAUGACAGGGCACAGCCUAAAGCCACCUGGCCGUCAUGGUGCCCCACAUAUUGCCUUGUGCUUCUGGGACACUUUUGUCCUUGGUUGGUCCUAGACCUGGGGCUGGUGGCUGAUCAGUGGGAUCCAUUCCCAGGUUUCAGGUAGUGAAAUAUCUCCACCUGAAUUCAGGUUCAUUAGGCCAGACCCCAUGACAUUACACAGCAUGGCCCUUUCUUCUCAAGUGUCCUAUAGGGAUGGGAUUGGCUUCCCAUGACUCAUGAAAAGAGGGCUGCUCCAAAGAUUUGUAACAGAGGACAGAAUUCUGCCUGGAGUUGGCAGACGGUCACACCAACCACAGGCCAGAUUUAUGCCACUGUGGAUCUGGCCUCCUUCUAAGUCCCCUCCCUGGUCACUGGAGCUGAGUGUGGGAAGAGCUUGUGCUGUGGAAGACUGGGCACAGUUUCAAUGCCAGGCAAUUUACUCUUGCUGUGAUGUGAGGUGAGAGUGCAUGAGGCGCCUGGGAAGAGACUAGUUCUGUGGCAGUAUACGUGUACGAAGACAUGUGUGCACACACACACACAUGCUGUGUGUGUAUGCGCAUGUAGUGGUAAGUUCAUUUGUGCAUGCAAUUACAUGAUUCAAUGCAUGUGGUGCCCAUAAAUCUGUGUGUGUAAUUCACAUGUAUGCACAGACAAGAGCUUGUUUUUGUAUACACGGGUGUAUACAUUUACCAAGGGCCCUCCCCCAACACUGUGACUCCUGCCUAGGUUCCAUGCAUGUGUACUUCAGCUCCCCUUUGGCCAGCAUGUUAGGAAGAACCCCACAUUCUUCCUGG